CCGCCACCGAGCCGGAGCCGCGAGAGGAGGAGGAGCCGCAGCCGGGAGAGGCGGAGCCGCGACGACAGGAGCAGGCGCCGCUUUGGGCACAGCAAGAGCCCCAACCUGCACAGGGAGAAGAGCCCGGGACGGGAGCCGCUGGGGUCGCUGAGCCCCGAGGAGAGGGACGCCCCGCACCGUGUUCCUGCAUGCAGCUCGCCGCCCGCAUCCGCCCCCGCGACCUCGAGGAUUUCUUCUCCGCCGUGGGAAAGGUCCGCGACGUUCGGAUCAUCUCAGACCGGAAUUCCCGGCGCUCCAAGGGCAUCGCGUACGUGGAGUUCUGCGAGAUCCAGUCGGUGCCUUUGGCCAUCGGCCUGACGGGGCAGCGCCUGCUGGGGGUGCCAAUCAUCGUCCAGGCCUCCCAGGCCGAGAAGAACCGCCUGGCCGCCAUGGCCGCGCCCCUGCAGAAGGGCUCAGGGGGCCCCCUCAGGCUCUACGUGGGGUCCCUGCACUGCAACAUCACCGAGGAGAUGCUGAGAGGCAUCUUUGAGCCCUUUGGAAAGAUCGACAACAUCGUGCUGAUGAGAGACCCGGACACGGGGCAGAGCAAAGGGUACGGCUUCAUCACGUUUUCUGAGGCCGACUGCGCGCGCCGCGCCCUGACGCAGCUGAACGGCUUCGAGCUGGCGGGGCGCCCGAUGCACCUGGGCCAGGUGAGCGAGCGGCCCGAGGGCGGGGCCGACGUCGCCUUCCCCGAGGGCCCCGCCCCCGGCGCACCUGGCACAGGUGUGGCCCCGCCCCCGCUCACCUGCGGAGACGAGCCCGAGCUGGGAACCGCGGCCGGGAGGCUGCAGCUGAUGGCAAAGCUGGCGGAGGGGUCGGGCCUGCAGCUCCCCGCCCCCGCCCAGGCCGCGCUGCAGCAGCUGAACGGGGCCCUGACCCCCCUGGGGGGGCUCAACCCCGCCGCCCUCACAGCCCUGAGCCCGGCGCUGAACUUGGCCUCGCAGUGCCUGACGCUGUCGGGGCUCUUCUCGCCCCAGACCAUGUGAGAUUUGGCUCCGCCCCCUCCCCUCAGGCCACGCCCCUUUCCCUCCUCGGCCCCUCCCCCCUCCGUGUUUUGGCGGGAAAGGUGGGCGUGGCCUCGGCGCUGGCCCCGCCCCCGGCCCCGCCCCCACCCGGGGUUGGAAUUUUGGGAACUUCUGGGAAUUUUUU